AUGGAAGAGCCCGAGUUCACUGAUGUUAUACAAAACGUGACAGUGCCCGCCGGUAGGAGCGUGCGUCUUGCCUGCUCUGUUAAAAAUCUUGGAUCUUACAAGGUGGCAUGGAUGCAUUUUGAACAGUCGGCGAUUCUGACUGUACACAACCACGUAAUUACACGUAACCCUCGCGUGAGCGUGACUCACGACAAACAUCGAACUUGGUUCCUGCAUAUCUCUGACGUACGUGAAGAAGAUCGCGGCCGCUAUAUGUGUCAAAUUAACACCGUUACUGCCAAAACCCAGUUCGGAUAUCUUCAUGUUGUAGUGCCACCUUCAAUCGACGACUCGUUGAGCUCGAGCGACGUUAUCGUCCGAGAGGGAGCUAACGUCACUCUGACGUGUCGCGCUAAUGGCUCUCCUAAGCCUACCAUCAAGUGGAAACGGGAUGACAGCUCAAAAAUCUCCAUCAGCAAAGGGCAUUCAGUUUCCGAAUGGGAAGGCGAAGUGUUGGAAAUGGCUAGAAUAUCUCGAUUAGACAUGGGUGCAUACUUAUGCAUUGCUAGUAAUGGUGUCCCACCCACUGUAUCUAAAAGAGUCAAAGUGAGCGUUGAUUUUCCACCUAUGUUAUGGAUACCACAUCAACUUGUGGGGGCUCCCUUAUAUUACAACGUAACCUUAGAAUGUUUCACUGAAGCUCAUCCCACUUCGUUAAAUUAUUGGACCAGAGACGAUGGUAAUAUGAUCCACGAGAGUCCUAAAUACCAUAUGGAGAAUAUAAUAGGUGUACCAGCUUAUAAGACGCACAUGAAACUGCUCAUAAGACAUAUUGUGACAGAAGAUUAUGGCACGUAUAAAUGUGUUGCUAAAAACCCAAGAGGAGAAUCCGACGGCACUAUACGAUUAUACACUUCUUCGCCACCAACGACAACUCCCGAUCCUCGGGCCACCAUUCCACCAGCUUCUCGCCCACCUCGGCGAGAUAGUCCAGUAGCCGACAAAGGAAAUAAGUAUCAAUCAAACCUGAACGAAAUUGAUAGACGAGAAUCAGGGAAGCAGAAAACAGAUGAGGGUGGUGGAAAAACGCAUCUUAACUGGGUUGGCGGUGCAUCGCAAGUCACAGGCGAUGCAGAUUGGAGGAGAAGCCAUCCAUGGGUUUUAAUUUUGUUAUAUCUAUUUCAAUUUAUUUAA